CGCGCGUGUGUGUGUGCGCGCGCGUGUGUGUCUGUGUGUGUGUGUGUCUGUGUGUGUGUGUGUCUGUGUGUGUGCGCGCGCGCCAGGGCUCGCGUGCAGGAGCCGCUGGGUGUGCGUGCGUGUGUUAUGGGUUUGCUUCCAGAGCAGGUUGCACAUUGGUCCUGGGUGGCUCUCGGGCUCAGGUCGAGCUUGGGCAUCCUUCUCCUCCUCCUCCUCCUCCUCUUUCUCCUCCUCCUCCUCCUCCUCCUCGUCCUCCUCCUCUUCCUCCUCCUCCUCCUCCUUCUCCUCCUCCUCCUCCUCCUCCUCCUAAUCGUUUCCGAAGUAGCAGCAGCAGCAGCGGCAGCAGCAGCAGCAGCAGCGGCAGCAGCGGCAGCCACAGCAGCCGCCGCCGCCGCGGCACCCUCGGCAGGGGCGGCAGCAGCUCAGCGGCGCAGCCCGACUGUGCAGGAGCGAGCACCGUUUGGGGAGUCCGGGGGGCGGAUGGUGUCAGGGAGCGAAGCUACAGACCGAGCCGCUGUUCCCUCCCGCUAUUUAUUGUCGCCACUGCGGGGGCCUUGCUUCGUCAUCCCUACACUGGACUUCCAAGCGCUCCACGGCCGCUAGCUGAGGGGCCACCCUUCCGGGGGCCGGUGAGCCCGCGGCCCGGCGCCCAGCCCGGGGUCUGCACAUCCCCCUGCGGCCCGCCGUCAUGGACGUGAAGGACCGGCGCCACCGCUCGCUGACCCGGGGCCGCUGCGGCAAGGAGUGCCGCUACACCAGCUCCUCCCUGGACAGCGAGGACUGCCGGGUGCCCACGCAGAAGUCCUACAGCUCCAGCGAGACGCUCAAGGCCUACGACCACGAGAGCAGGAUGCACUACGGAAACCGGGUCACCGACCUGGUCCACCGCGAGUCCGACGAGUUCCCCAGACAAGGAACCAACUUCACCCUCGCCGAGCUGGGCAUCUGCGAGCCGUCCCCACACCGCAGCGGCUACUGCUCGGAGAUGGGGAUCCUGCAGCAGGGAUACUCCCUGAGCACGGGCUCGGACGCCGACUCGGACACGGAGGGAGGGAUGUCUCCGGAACACGCCAUCCGGCUCUGGGGGCGAGGGCUAAAGUCCAGACGCAGCUCGGGCCUGUCCAGCCGGGAGAACUCGGCCCUGACCUUGACUGACUCCGACAACGAGAAUAAGUCCGACGACGAGACGGGUCGUCCCAUCCCACCUACAUCCUCGUCUAGCCUCCUCCCAUCUGCUCAGCUGCCUAGCUCCCAUAAUCCUCCACCCGUUAGCUGCCAGAUGCCAUUGCUAGACAGCAACACCUCCCACCAAAUCAUGGACACCAAUCCCGAUGAGGAGUUCUCCCCCAAUUCAUACCUGCUCAGAGCAUGCGCAGGGCCCCAGCAAGCCUCCAGCAGUGGCCCUCCGAACCACCACAGCCAGUCCACUCUGAGGCCACCUCUGCCACCCCCCCACAACCACACCCUGUCCCACCACCACUCAUCCGUCAACUCGCUCAACAGGAACUCACUGACCAACCGUCGGAGCCAGAUCCACGCCCCAGCGCCCGCCCCCAACGACCUGGCCACCACGCCCGAGUCCGUCCAGCUCCAGGACAGCUGGGUGCUAAACAGCAACGUGCCCCUGGAGACCCGGCACUUUCUCUUUAAGACGUCCUCGGGCAGCACGCCUCUGUUCAGCAGCUCCUCUCCCGGCUACCCUCUGACCUCAGGAACCGUGUACACGCCCCCGCCGCGCCUGCUGCCCCGCAACACCUUCUCCCGCAAGGCCUUCAAGCUGAAGAAGCCGUCCAAGUACUGCAGCUGGAAGUGCGCCGCCCUGUCGGCCAUCGCCGCCGCGCUCCUGCUGGCCAUCCUGCUGGCCUAUUUCAUAGCAAUGCAUCUGCUCGGACUCAACUGGCAACUGCAGCCGGCAGAUGGACACACCUUUAACAACGGGAUAAGGACCGGCUUACCAGGCAGCGAUGACGGGGCAACAAUGCCAUCUGGAGGCAAAGUGCCCUGGUUGCUGAGGAACAGCAGCAUAGAUAGCGGCGAGGCGGAAGUUGGCCGGAGAGUCACCCAGGAAGUGCCCCCGGGCGUGUUCUGGAGGUCCCAGAUCCACAUCAGCCAGCCCCAGUUCUUAAAGUUCAACGUCUCCCUCGGGAAGGACGCGCUCUUCGGGGUCUACAUCCGGCGGGGACUGCCACCCUCACACGCCCAGUACGACUUCAUGGAGCGGCUGGACGGCAAGGAGAAGUGGAGCGUGGUGGAGGCGCCCCGGGAGCGCCGGAGCAUCCAGACGCUGGUGCAGAACGAGGCGGUGUUCGUGCAGUUCCUGGACGCGGGCCUGUGGCACCUGGCCUUCUACAACGACGGCAGGGACAAGGAGACGGUCUCCUUCAACACCGUAGUCCUGGACUCUGUGCAGGACUGUCCUCGGAACUGCCACGGCAACGGGGAGUGCGUGUCAGGCCUGUGCCACUGUUUCCCCGGGUUCCUCGGAGCAGACUGCGCCAAGGCCGCCUGUCCCGUGCUGUGCAGCGGGAACGGACAAUACUCGAAGGGCUCCUGCCAGUGCUACAGCGGCUGGAAGGGCGCCGAGUGCGACGUGCCCAUGAACCAGUGCAUCGACCCCGCCUGCGGGGGCCACGGCUCGUGCAUCGACGGCAACUGUGUCUGCUCGACGGGCUACAAGGGCGAGCAUUGUGAGGAAGUGGACUGCCUGGACCCGACGUGCUCCAGCCACGGCGUCUGCGUCCACGGAGAAUGUCUCUGCAGCCCCGGCUGGGGGGGACUCAACUGCGAGCUGGCCAGGGUCCAGUGCCCGGACCAGUGCAGCGGCCACGGCACCUACCUGCCCGACACGGGCCUUUGCACCUGCGACCCCAACUGGAUGGGCCCGGACUGCUCCAUCGAGGUGUGCUCAGUGGACUGUGGCACGCACGGCGUCUGCAUCGGGAGAGCCUGCCGCUGUGAAGAGGGCUGGACAGGCGCCGCCUGCGACCAGCGUGUGUGCCACCCGCGCUGCACUGAGCACGGCACCUGUAGAGACGGCAAAUGUGAAUGCCGAGAGGGCUGGAAUGGUGAACACUGCACCAUUGGUAGGCAAACGGCAGGCACCGAAACAGAUGGCUGUCCCGAUCUGUGCAGCGGCAACGGGAGAUGCACCCUGGGUCCGAGCAGCUGGCAGUGUGUCUGCCAGACUGGCUGGAGGGGACCCGGAUGCAACGUCGCCAUGGAAACCGCCUGCGCCGACAACAAGGAUAACGAAGGAGAUGGCCUCGUGGACUGUCUGGACCCCGACUGCUGCCUCCAGUCUGCCUGCCAGAACAGCCUCCUGUGCCGGGGUGCCCGGGAUCCCCUGGACAUCAUCCAGCAGGGCCAGACAGACGCACCCGCCGUGAAAUCCUUCUACGACCGCAUCAAGCUCUUGGCCGGCAAAGACAGCACCCACAUCAUCCCCGGAGAAAACCCCUUCAACAGCAGCCUGGUUUCUCUCAUCCGGGGCCAAGUGGUGACAUCGGACGGGACCCCCCUGGUGGGCGUGAACGUGUCCUUCGUCAAGUACCCCAAGUACGGCUACACCAUCACCCGGCAGGACGGCACGUUCGACCUCAUCGCCAACGGGGGCGCGGCGCUGACCCUGCACUUCGAGCGCGCCCCGUUCAUGAGCCAGGAGCGCACCGUCUGGCUGCCCUGGAACAGCUUCUACGCCAUGGACACGCUGGUGCUGAAGACGGAGGAGAACUCCAUCCCCAGCUGCGACCUCAGCGGCUUCGUGCGGCCCGACCCCAUCAUCAUCGCGUCCCCGCUGUCCACCUUCUUCAGCGCCGCGCCUGCGCACAACCCCAUCGUCCCCGAGACCCAGGUCCUGCACGAGGAAAUCGAGCUGCCCGGGUCCACGGUGAAACUCCGUUACCUGAGCUCUCGGACGGCCGGCUACAAGUCCCUCCUGAAGGUCACCAUGACGCAGUCGGCGGUGCCCCUGAACCUCAUCAAGGUGCACCUGAUGGUGGCCGUGGAGGGCCACCUCUUCCAGAAGUCAUUUCAGGCCUCCCCCAACCUGGCCUACACCUUCAUCUGGGACAAGACGGACGCUUACGGCCAGCGGGUCUACGGGCUCUCGGACGCCGUGGUGUCCGUGGGCUUCGAGUACGAGACGUGCCCCAGCCUGAUCCUCUGGGAGAAGAGGACCGCCCUCCUGCAGGGCUUCGAGCUCGACCCCUCCCACCUGGGCGGCUGGUCCCUGGACAAGCAUCACAUCCUCAACGUCAAAAGUGGAAUCCUGCACAAAGGCACGGGGGAGAACCAGUUCCUGACGCAGCAGCCGGCCAUCAUCACCAGCAUCAUGGGCAACGGUCGGCGCCGCAGCAUCUCCUGCCCCAGCUGCAACGGGCUGGCCGAGGGCAACAAGCUGCUGGCCCCCGUGGCGCUGGCCGUGGGGGUGGACGGGAGCCUCUUCGUGGGCGACUUCAACUACAUCCGGCGCAUCUUCCCCUCCCGCAACGUGACGAGCAUCCUGGAGCUACGAAAUAAAGAGUUUAAACAUAGCAACAACCCGGCCCACAAGUACUACCUGGCGGUGGACCCCGUGUCCGGCUCCCUCUUCGUGUCGGACACCAACAGCCGUCGCAUCUUCAGGGUCAAGGCCCUGAGCGGUGCCAAGGACCUGGCGGGGAACUCGGAGGUGGUGGCGGGCACGGGCGAGCAGUGCCUGCCCUUCGAUGAGGCCCGCUGCGGGGACGGCGGCAAGGCCGUGGACGCCACGCUGAUGAGCCCCCGAGGCAUCGCCGUGGACAAGAACGGUCUCAUGUACUUCGUGGACGCCACCAUGAUCCGGAAGGUGGACCAGAACGGGGUCAUCUCCACCCUGCUGGGCUCCAACGACCUCACGGCCGUGCGGCCUCUGAGCUGUGACUCCAGCAUGGACGUGGCCCAGGUGCGCCUGGAGUGGCCCACGGACCUGGCGGUGAACCCCAUGGACAACUCGCUGUACGUGCUGGAGAACAACGUGGUGCUGCGCAUCACGGAGAACCACCAGGUGAGCAUCAUCGCGGGGCGGCCCAUGCACUGCCAGGUGCCGGGCAUCGACUACUCGCUCAGCAAGCUGGCCAUCCACUCGGCCCUGGAGUCGGCCAGCGCCAUCGCGCUCUCGCACACCGGCGUGCUCUACAUCACCGAGACGGACGAGAAGAAGAUCAACCGGCUGCGCCAGGUGAGCACCAACGGCGAGAUCUGCCUGCUGGCGGGCGCGCCCUCCGACUGCGACUGCAAGAACGACGUCAACUGCAACUGCUACGCGGGCGACGACGCGUACGCCACGGACGCCGUCCUGAACGCGCCGUCGUCGCUGGCGGUGGCGCCCGACGGCACCAUCUACGUGGCCGACCUGGGCAACAUCCGCAUCCGCGCCGUGAGCAGGAACGAGCCGGUGCUGAACGCCUUCAACCAGUACGAGGCGGCGUCGCCCGGCGAGCAGGAGCUGUACGUCUUCAACGCCGACGGCAUCCACCAGUACACCAUGAGCCUGGUGACCGGCGAGUACCUCUACAACUUCACCUACAGCGCCGACAACCACGUCACCGAGCUCGUCGACAACAGCGGCAACGCCCUGAAGAUCCGGCGGGACGGCGGCGGGCAGCCCCGCCACCUGCUCAUGCCCGACAACCAGAUCAUCACGCUGACCGUGGGCGCCCACGGCGGCCUCAAGGCCGUGGCCACGCAGAGCCUGGAGCUGGGCCUCAUGACCUACGACGGCACCACGGGCCUCCUGGCCACCAAGAGCGACGAGACCGGCUGGACGACGUUCUACGACUACGACCACGAGGGCCGCCUGAGUAACGUGACGCGGCCCACGGGGGUGGUGACCAGCCUGCACCGAGAGAUGGAGCGCGCCAUCACCAUCGACAUCGAGAACUCCAACCGCGACGACGACGUCACCGUCAUCACCAACCUGUCCUCAGUGGAGGCCUCCUACACCGUGGUGCAAGAUCAAGUGCGGAACAGCUACCAGCUGUGCAGCAACGGGACCCUGCGGGUGCUGUACGCCAACGGCAUGGCCGUCAGCUUCCACAGCGAGCCGCACGUGCUGGCCGGCACGGUCACCCCCACCAUCGGCCGCUGCAACAUCUCCCUGCCCAUGGAGAAUGGCCUCAACUCCAUCGAGUGGCGUCUGCGGAAGGAGCAGGUCAAGGGCAAGGUGACCAUCUUCGGGCGGAAGCUGCGGGUCCACGGGCGCAACCUCCUGUCCAUCGACUACGACCGCAACAUCCGCACCGAGAAGAUCUACGACGACCACCGCAAGUUCACGCUGCGGAUCAUCUAUGACCAGGCGGGCCGGCCCUUCCUCUGGCUGCCCAGCAGCGGCCUGGCCGCCGUCAACGUCUCCUACUUCUUCAACGGGCGCCUGGCGGGCCUGCAGCGCGGCGCCAUGAGCGAGCGGACCGACAUCGACAAGCAGGGCCGCGUCGUGUCCCGCAUGUUUGCCGACGGGAAGGUGUGGAGCUACUCCUACCUGGACAAGUCCAUGGUCCUGCUGCUGCAGAGCCAGCGCCAGUACAUCUUCGAGUACGACGCGUCCGACCGCCUGCUGGCCGUGACCAUGCCCAGCGUGGCCCGGCACAGCAUGUCCACACACACGUCCAUCGGCUACAUCCGCAACAUCUACAACCCACCCGAGAGCAACGCCUCGGUCAUCUUCGACUACAGCGACGACGGGCGCAUCCUGAAGACGUCCUUCCUGGGCACGGGCCGCCAGGUGUUCUACAAGUACGGCAAGCUGUCCAAGCUGUCGGAGAUGGUCUACGACAGCACGGCCGUCACCUUCGGCUACGACGAGGCCACGGGCGUGCUCAAGAUGGUCAGCCUGCAGAGCGGCGGCUUCUCCUGCACCAUCCGCUACCGCAAGGUGGGCCCGCUGGUGGACAAGCAGAUCUACCGCUUCUCCGAGGAGGGCAUGGUCAACGCCCGCUUCGACUACACCUACCACGGCAACAGCUUCCGCAUCGCCAGCGUCAAGCCGGUCAUCAGCGAGACGCCGCUGCCCGUGGACCUGUACCGCUACGACGAGAUCUCCGGCAAGGUGGAGCACUUUGGCAAGUUCGGCGUCAUCUACUACGACAUCAACCAGAUCAUCACCACGGCCGUGAUGACGCUGAGCAAGCACUUCGACACGCACGGCCGCGUCAAGGAGGUGCAGUAUGAGAUGUUCCGCUCGCUCAUGUACUGGAUGACGGUGCAGUACGACAGCCUGGGCCGCGUGGUCAAGCGGGAGCUGAAGCUGGGGCCCUACGCCAACACCACCAAGUACACCUACGACUACGACGCCGACGGGCAGCUGCAGAGCGUGGCCGUCAACGACCGGCCCACCUGGCGCUACAGCUACGACCUCAACGGCAACCUGCACCUGCUCAACGCCGGCAACAGCGUGCGCCUCACGCCGCUGCGCUACGACCUGCGGGACCGCAUCACGCGGCUGGGCGACGUGCCCUACAAGGUGGACGACGACGGCUUCCUGCGACAGCGCGGCGCCGACGUCUUCGAGUACAACUCCAAGGGGCUGCUGACACGCGCCUACAAUAAGGCGGGCGGCUGGAGCGCCCAGUACCGCUACGACGGCGUGGGGCGCCGGGCCGCCUCCAAGACCAACCUGGGCCACCACCUGCAGUACUUCUACGCGGACCUGCACCACCCGACGCGCGUCACCCACGUCUACAACCACUCCAACGCGGAGAUCACCUCGCUCUACUACGACCUGCAGGGCCACCUCUUCGCCAUGGAGAGCAGCAGCGGCGAGGAGUACUACGUGGCCUCCGACAACACGGGCACGCCGCUGGCCGUCUUCAGCAUCAACGGCCUCAUGACCAAGCAGCUGCAGUACACGGCCUACGGCGAGAUCUACUACGACUCCAACCCCGACUUCCAGAUGGUCAUCGGCUUCCACGGCGGCCUCUACGACCCCCUCACCAAGCUGGUGCACUUCACGCAGCGAGACUACGACGUGCUGGCCGGCCGCUGGACCUCCCCCGACUACACCAUGUGGAAGAACGUGGGCAAGGAGCCGGCGCCCUUCAACCUGUACAUGUUCAAGAGCAACAACCCCCUGAGCAACGAGCUGGACCUGAAGAACUACGUGACCGAUGUGAAGAGCUGGCUGGUGAUGUUCGGCUUCCAGCUGAGCAACAUCAUCCCCGGCUUCCCGAGGGCCAAGAUGUACUUCGUGCCUCCACCCUAUGAGCUGUCGGAGAGCCAGGCCAGCGAGGACGGGCAGCUCAUCACCGGCAUCCAGCAGACCACGGCGCGGCACAACCAGGCCUUCCUCGCCCUGGAGGGCCAGGUCCUCACCAAGCGGCUGCACGCCAGCGUCCGCGAGAAGGCCGGCCACUGGUUCGCCACCACCACGCCCAUCAUCGGCAAGGGCAUCAUGUUCGCCAUCAAGGACGGGCGGGUGACCACGGGCGUGUCCAGCAUGGCCAGCGAGGACAGCCGCAAGGUGGCGGCGGUGCUGAACAACGCCUACUACCUGGAGCGCAUGCACUACAGCGUGGACGGCAAGGACACCCACUACUUCGUCAAGGUGGGCUCGGCCGACGCCGACCUGCUCACGCUGGGCACCACCAUCGGCCGCAAGGUGCUGGAGGGCGGGGUGAACGUGACCGUGUCCCAGCCCACCCUGCUGGUCAACGGCAGGACUCGAAGGUUCACCCACAUCGAGUUCCAGCACGCCACGCUGCUGCUGAGCCUGCGCUACGGCCUCACGCCGGACACGCUGGACGAAGAGAAGGCCCGCGUCCUGGACCAGGCCCGGCAGCGGGCGCUGGGCACCGCCUGGCUGAAGGAGCAGCAGAGGGCCAGGGACGGGCGCGAGGGCAGCCGCCUGUGGACGGAGGGCGAGCGGCAGCAGCUGCUGGCCACGGGCCGGGUGCAGGGCUACGAGGGCUACUACGUGCUGCCCGUGGAGCAGUACCCCGAGCUGGCAGACAGCAGCAGCAACAUCCAGUUCCUCAGACAGAACGAGAUGGGCAAGAGGUAACGGCGUGGGCCUCCUGCCACCCCUCCGCUGGGUGGCCGGGCCGGAGUAAAACUGCGCUCUCCUAAGGAGAUGAGGACCCUACCAGGACAUCGAGCCGAGAGGGGCCGCAAGGGGCACCGGGGCAAGGCAAGCUCACAUUUUCUGAGUUCCCAUGCCCACCAACACAUUCCCGCCUUCUGAAGCAGACUUUGGAAACACAGAAACAAAAACCACGAAACCGAUCAACCAACUUCUUCAAAGAACCAACAAGAAACAAAAUAAAUCCCGGCUGGAAAAAAAAAAAGGAAAAAAAAAAUUUUUUUUUUAAAUUCCCCCCAGGAAAACCCAAACGGAAGAAUGAGAGGCACCAGACGCCAAGCUGAGGGUUCCCCCCCCCCAGUGCGCAUACACACACACACACACACAUGUACACACGCACUCGGCUCACCUGCUCUGGUUUCUCAUGCGGAGAAGAAGCGAUCCCGUGUCCAGAAGAACACACAUGCACACACGCACACACACAUGCACGCAUGCACGCACACACUCGGCUCACCUGCUCUGGUUUCUCAUGCGGAGAAGAAGCAAUCCCGUGUCCAGAAGAACACACAUGCACACACGCGUGCGUGUAUCCACAUGCAUACACCAGAAUGAUGGGGGCGGUGUGGGCGGGGGAGAGUGCGUGGAGGGGGGGAAUUAAAAAUAAGAGCAAACCAACGAAACCCGCACAGCAACCGCAGGACAAAGACAGAAGCCUCCUGCCGUGUAAUACCUCGCCCAGCCCAACACCCGUGGCGGGACGGGUCCCAGUCCAGCCGCCACGGCACCACGCAAACCGCCCCCACCCCCCCACACACACACCCCGACGGCUGGCCGGACUCCUACCUUAGACGUUUGGUUUUAUUUUGUUGUUGUUCCAACCGAUACAGGUGCAUUUAAAAAAAAAAAAAGACGAAAAAACAAAAACACGACUUUGGGGGGGUGACUUGUGUGUAGCUGACUGUGGGUGGGAGGGUAGAUAAGAGUGAGUGUGCACUGGAAAUUCUUUUUCAAGAAAAAAAAGAAAAUAGAAGCAUAACACCAGGGGAGAGAAGAAAAAAAAAAGGUUUUUUUUUUUCCUCCGCCAACGAAGGAGGGAAAAAAAAAAAUCCAAUCAAAGGGCAAGCCCCUAAACCCGCUGAGCACUUAAUCUUCAGGGAUUCCCCCUGCAUCGGCCCGGAGCUGAUUUUUGUGGGGCGGUAGAACGUACCGUGGAAUUCCAAAAAAACAAAAAAACAAAAAAAAAAAGAAAAAAAAAGUGGCUCUACUCACUCCAGAUGCAGUUCAUUCUCUUUUGUCGUUCAAGACUCCAUUGUGGAUGUCAGUGAGACAGGGUGUAGUCCGUCUAGAUUCUGUAGUUCGUGGGUAUCAGUUACAGUAGAGCUGUGGCAUCGUGACCCUCUUUCGAUAACGGGCACCAAUUCACCCUGUACAUACAUAAGCCUCGAGGCACAAUCACUGUUGCAGAUUUAAAAAAAAAAAAAUUAUUAGUGUGUUUGUUUGGUCCAGAAACUGAGACAAUCACAUGACGAUCACCAGGAGGAGGAGGAGGAGGAGAAAACGUUUUUAAAAGUCAAAAAAAAAGAAAAAAAACGCGUAAAAAGAAAAAGAAAAAAAAACACCGUAAAAACAAACAACAAAAAAAACAUUUUAAAAGAAAAACACACACACACACACACAAAACGUCUAAUAAGAACUUUGGUACAGGAACUUUUUUGUAAUAUACAUGUAUGAAUUGUUCAUCGAGUUUUUAUAUUAAUUUUAAUUUGCUGCUAAGCAAAGACUAGGGACAGGCAAAGAUAAUUUAUGGCAAAGUGUUUAAAUUGUUUAUACAUAAAUAAAGUUUAAAACUCCUGUGGA